UACAGGAAAUGACCAGAGACUGAGGACAUAGUACAGGAGAUGACCAGAGACUGCGGACAUAGUAAAGGAGAUGACCAGAGACUGCAGACAUGCUACAGGAAAUGACCAGAGACUGCUGACAUAGUAUAGAAGAUGGCCAGAGACUGCGGACAUAGUAUAGGAGAUGACCAGAGACUGCGGACAUACUACAGGAGAUGACUAGAGACUGCGACAUAGUAUAGGAGAUGACCAGAGACUGCGGACACAGUACAGGAGAUGACCAGAGACUGCAGACCUUUGGGGAGCAAAAGGGAAGGAACGGGUACCCAAAUUUGUCAGGUACCCGCUCCCACUUCCACGGAGUUAUGCUCCCUCCCCAUCUUCUGGGACAUGUGACAGGUCCCAGAAGAUUGCCAGACCAUUCACAAAGCGAAGCGCUUCUUGCGCAUGCGCAGUGGGCACUCGGCUGUGAAGCUGCAAGCUAUCACAGCCGGGUGCCCACACUACAGAUGCCGGCGCCAGGGGGAGAGAAGAUGGUGAGGACACAGCUGGACCAAGGAACAGGU